ACUCCGGGGCGGGCCGCGGGCUCCCCGGGACCCAGUCGGACCGAGCUGCCCAGGGGAGCGAACUCCGAGCGUCUGCGCCGCGGCCACUCCCGGGCCAGGAGCGCGAAGCCCCGUGCGAGACCCCGAGCCGAGCGCAGCCCCUUCGCGCCGCCGACCACCAUGACCCACUUCAACAAGGGCCCCUCCUACGGGCUCUCGGCCGAGGUCAAGAACAAGAUCGCGUCCAAGUAUGACCACCAGGCGGAGGAGGACCUGCGCAGCUGGAUCGAGGAGGUGACCGGCAUGAGCAUCGGCCCCAACUUCCAGCUGGGCCUGCGGGACGGCAUCAUCCUCUGCGAACUCAUAAACAAGCUGCAGCCGGGCUCCGUGAGGAAGGUCAACGAGUCCUCCUUAAACUGGCCUCAGCUGGAGAACAUCGGCAACUUCAUCAAAGCCAUCCAGGCCUACGGCAUGAAGCCCCACGACAUAUUCGAAGCCAAUGACCUUUUCGAGAAUGGAAACAUGACCCAGGUCCAGACGACGCUGGUGGCCCUGGCCGGUCUGGCCAAAACCAAGGGCUUCCACACCACCAUUGACCUCGGCGUGAAGUACGCGGAGAAGCAGACCCGGCGCUUCGACGAGGGGAAGUUAAAAGCUGGCCAGAGCGUCAUUGGUCUGCAGAUGGGGACCAACAAGUGUGCCAGCCAGGCAGGGAUGACCGCCUACGGGACGCGGAGGCACCUCUACGACCCCAAAAUGCAAACCGACAAGCCGUUCGACCAGACCACGAUCAGCCUGCAGAUGGGCACCAACAAGGGGGCCAGCCAGGCGGGGAUGCUGGCGCCCGGCACCAGGAGAGACAUCUACGACCAGAAGCUCACCUUGCAGCCCGUGGACAACUCGACCAUCUCCCUGCAGAUGGGCACCAACAAAGUCGCGUCGCAGAAAGGCAUGAGCGUGUACGGGCUCGGGCGCCAAGUGUACGACCCCAAGUACUGCGCCGCCCCCACAGAACCUGUCAUUCACAACGGGAGCCAAGGGACAGGCACCAACGGCUCGGAGAUCAGCGACAGCGACUACCAGGCCGAGUACCCGGACGAGUACCACGGCGAGUACCCGGACGACUACCCCCGCGAGUACCAGUACGGCGACCAGGGCGUCGACUACUAGUCCCAGGGAAGCCCGGUCCGUAGCCCGCCGUGUCUGUUCAUGAGAGCCACGCUAGCCUCGAGUCAUUUUAUCUUGUCCUCCUCAAACACUAUUAUGCUUGUUGUACCUGAGAUACUGCCUUACACGCACCCCCGUCCCUUCCCACCUCUGCCCUCCAUAGUUGCCUUCCUGCACCAUAACAGCCGCCCCCCACGGCCUAACCAGUAACUCGCGUGUGAAGUACGGAGGAAAACUGUGAAAGAGGACCUCUCUUGUACAGCCCAGUCUUUUUCACGACAGACCCGUGCAAUUUUACAAUCUUCUGCUGAACCUGGCAUUUCCAAACAAUAGAAAGCCCCUCCUUUUUUCUCCCCCCCUCCAGUUUAGUGUCUGGUGUCUACACGGAAGACUAAAUUCAUGCUUCUAGCUAAAGGCGGCGUCUGCCCGCUAAAGUGAAGACGCGGCAUUUUUAGGAAUCUACAUAUCGGUAUUUCUACAGUAUUGUGCGCUCAUUUUUAAAUAAAGUCAUGACCCGUGUGCACCCGUGCCCCCGUGUGUGCUCAUUCUCUCCCGUGAGCUGGCGAGGUCGUCCCCGAGUGGAGCGUCUCGAGCGGGGGCCCUUCCUGUCUGUGCCCAUGUGCCGGCAUCGCCAAGCCGUAUUGCCACUGUAUUUAUUGCUGCAUUUCUCAGCGUAAACGUACCCCAUUGUAUUUUUUAUAAAUAAAUAUUUUUUGAACAUC